GGCAUGCGCUCAGUGCGAGCAGGCGAGAAAGCCGGGCGGAAGUGUUUGCGGCGGGCCGGGCGGAAGUGGUGCUGGCGGCGGACGGUGCCGCGCCGCUCUGGCGGGCAGGAACUGUUAUCCCACGUGUUGCUGGUGCCUUCCAAGAGCACCAGGUGUGGUUCUGGAGACCUGAGGAGGCUGAUACAAUUAAUGCCACUGAUCGCUGCUUCACAUGUUGGAGUCAUAUAAAGCAACCAUGCCUGUUCAGCUGCUGAAGAUCAUUAAAGGAAAAUCUGAGCCUCCACUACCAAGCCACUUGCAGAGGGAGGAUUUAAAACAUUUGCACGCAGGCUUGGAUCAUACCAACAAAUACUUCCAGGGAGUUGUUAUUCUUUCCUACCCACUAACAAAACUUGGAGAUGGGACAGACUUUUUCAAGAUUGUUCUUCAAGAUAACUCGUGUGCAAGGAUUGACAGUAUCAAUAUUUUGAUAUAUGGAAAAAUGGCAGAUGAUUGUGCAAAAGUUAUACGUAAUGGGGACACCUGUAUAGUUGCUGGAUUUAAGUUGGCAAAAUCACCUACAGCAAGAGAAGAUGGUAGACAUGGUUGUCACCUGGAGGUGUCGGAAGAAGCUGGAUCAGCCAUUUAUAUUUAUGCUCAGCCAAGCACAACUACUGGUUCAGAAACUGCAUCUGUGUCUGUUGCACCAAAAUACGUGUAUACUCCUCUGAAUCAUCUUAAAGAUGGAACUAUAGUGAACUUGUAUGGUAUUGUGAAAUUCUUCAAGCCUCCAUAUGUAAGCAAAGGAACAGAUUAUUGCUCAGUGGUAACGCUUGUGGACCAAUCAAAUGUGAAGUUAACAUGUACUCUUUUUAAUGGAAAUCUGGAUUCUCUACCAAAAAUUUACAAAAUCGGAGAUAUUGUUCGAUUUCAUAGAAUAAAGAUCAGAGAAUACAAUGGACAGAUGCAGGGAAUUACCAGUGCAGGAUUUGCAUCCUUGACAUUUGAUGGAACUGUAGGAGCACCAGUAGUUCCUCGAACCUCUAGUAAAGUAUAUACUUUCAUGGAUGAAGAACAAAAAACAGUAGAAGAAUUACGUAUUUGGGCAGCCAGUAAUCUUUCCAUCUCUGGACCAGCAGCAAAACUGUCUGGUGUUCGACCAAUGCUGUUCUUUGAUCUCACUUGCCAGCUGGUGGGGAAGGCACAAGUGGAUGGAUCUUCUUUUCUUCUAAAGGUGUGGGAUGGCACAAAAUGUCCCUACCCAACGUGGAGGGUACCUAUAGAAGCAAAAGACCUGGAAGGAGAAAAAGUUCUUCUUCAUCGGCUGCGAAAUCUAACAGUGGAUAUUCUGGUUUAUGACAACCACGUACAACUGGCAAAAUCACUCAAGAUUGGAAGUUUUCUGAGAAUUUACAGUAUUCAUACAAAACAAGCAAGUGCUGAAAAUGAAGAUGUUUCCCAUGUAGAAUUCCAUCUUCAUGGUGGCACCUGUUACGGUCGAGGAAUAGGAGUGUUACCAGAAAGUCACCGAGAUGUUAAAGAACUAAAAACAUUCUUAGAAUCUGUGGAACUGGCAGACAGUCAGAGUAUGGACAGCAUGUCUUCGCUGGAAUUAGAUAGCACUUCUAACAGUAUUGCAGAUCUUGAAUCACAGAGAUGUCAGCAAUUAUCUGUUACAGUAUUGACAGAUCAUCAGGAUUUGAGUAACACAGUACUGAAAACUAUUCGGAACAGCAGAGCUCCUCAACAGUAUCGCAUUAGAGCAAAGCUGAGAACUUUUAAACCCCAGAAGCUCUAUCAGUCUAUUAAACUUCAUUGUUCCAAAUGCAAUUCUUUGCAAGAAGUUCCAGAUGGAGAUGCCUUUGACUUAAUUUUGCAAGGCUCUGCAGUUACUCCCCCAAACCCAGAAUUACACAGUACGUCCUGGUAUGAAUCUGUAAUGUGGACAACACAAGACCAGAAACAAAGGAAAAUAACUAUUCAUUUUGUAAAGCACGAUGAAAUGCUUCUAUAUCCUGAAGAUACCUUGCUUAUGAUAGAAGGUGGAACAUCAAAAGAAAUCUGGAAGCUUACAAGAAGAUUUAAAUGUGUUAUUCCUGUGAGAUCCACAAAGAAUGAUCUUGAAUUAUUAGAUCUUUCAGCUCCUUUUCUUUUACAAGGAAAAGUAAAAUAUUAUGGGUGCAAGCAGUGUUCAACUCCAAAGCCUAUUAAGAAUCUAAGUUCCCUGGCAGCAGAACCACGACCAUCAUGGGAACCAACCGAAAUAGCACAAGUUUUAGGUAUUGAACUACUCCAGUAUGUGUUUAUUAUGAAGUUUACACUGGUUGAUGGAACAGGAGCACUAAAUGCAUACCUUUUUGAUUACGAGAAGUUCUUCCAAAUUCCUGCCUCUGAAAUCUUAAGUAAUAAUUUUCUUCAGCAAAAGAUGCAGAUGACCAUGAAUACACUUUGUCCUCCAGGAAGAAAAUUAGAUGACUUGCCGUGGCUGGAAUGCUUCAUCAAGUCCUAUAAUAUCACAGAUGGGAAGAAACAGCAAGUUUAUUACCAAAUUUUUGACACUACGGUUGCUGAAGAUGUUGUAUAGUAAUGUGUUACUAGUAGAAAGUAAUUCAGUAAGAAUCUUAUUUUUUAUUUUUUUUUGGAUUGGAGACUGUAUAAUAAAACCUAUGUUCCUUUCUUAGGAAUUCAGCCUGUGUGCAUUAAGUUUUAGUUUCUGUAUUGAGUUAAGGUGAAUGGGAGUUUUGUUUUGAUGUAUUUACUAUAUUCCUGGCACACAGCCUUGUGAUCUGAAUGCAGUUGGAGGUGGUAAGCAAUUGGAAGCAAUCUAGUAUCCUGCUAUCUUUCAAAAAGGCAGUGAUGAGGUUACUUUAAACUGGUGAAUUUUACUUAGAAAAUGCAGUCAGAAUGAUGCUGCAUAGUUCAUUUCUAUAUUAAAAUAAGCAUUGUCAGUAGAGAUACGGAAUAGGAGCUGUUCAGUAAACUUUCAAACUAUGUUCUACAAGCGUUUUGGUGGUGUAACAAAUAUGAUCAUGUAAUGAUUAUCACUAAAGUUAAAGUCAAGUCAUGAAAGUAAGCUGAAGGAAAAUUGUAAACUGAAUAUUGGUAUUCACUAGAUUGUAAUGAUUUUUUAAGGUGGCCCUAUUGGGGACCAGCGUUGUUAUCAUGUUUAUUACCUAGCUGUGUUUUCAAAGGCUCUCACAUACCGGGGUAAAUUUUCUGUCAGAUUACACUGCCCGUAUCUGACUUUUCUAUCUUUCAUAAUGAGAUUGUAUGACUAAAUUUAGAGAAACCAAACCAAUAUAGUGAUGUCAUGGCUUGAAAAUACUGCUCGAGUAGGAAAAUUACUUGGUUUUACUUUGCAUUCAGAAGUACAUAGGACAAAUUCGGGACAUGUUUCCUCAGUGGUAAUUAAUGUAGAAAUCCCUGUCAAAUCAAAUGCUUCCCAUCCGAGAAAAAUCACUUAAUAUUUACAACAGCUGUUUUUUAAGGGAGUUCAGAAGCAAGAUGCAAUACUUGUAAGUAGAUUAUUAUUUUGAUAGUAGAUGACACUUUCUUUUUUAAUUUUUAUGGGAUGCUUACUAGAUUAUACAAUUUGUCAAUUUAAAAUUUAGUCUACAUAUUUUCUGAUACUCUAAAAAUUUAUAGUGAGUUUACGUGCCAUAAAUCUUGAGAAUGUGUUCUUUAUUGAUCAGUGUAUGGGGAGAACGAAUAUUAAAGGGUGGUUAUUGCAUAUUUACUUCAAAAGCUAGGGAAAAACUCAACUUUGGAAUGGGGCUAGCAGUUUACCAAAGAGCAGUACUGACUUAUCAAACAUUGCCCGAAUCUGUGAACAGACACAUAAGAAGAAAAAAUAAUUAUAAAGGAUAUUAUAAAACUUUAGACACUGGCAGGAUCCCAGUGAUUUCAGAAGUUAGGAUUUAAAUUGAAGGCAAUCUUUUUUGCUUUUCUUGUAUAUAGUGCAUGAAAACUUUUGAAUAUAUUUUGAUUUUUAAAUUUUUGUUAACAACUGAUAACAGAUAUUGAUAAUGUACAUUUUAUUGUAAAUAAGUCUUUUCAUCACAUCCCGUGUCUGAGAUGCCUGUCAGAAAACUGACGCUUUUCUGCUGUUGAAUAUUGUAUUAAAACGUUUAUUAAAGAUUU